AUAAACUCGUACAUGAAAACAACGGAAAUUUAAAAAAAAUCUUUUUUUCUUUUACUAAAUCUAAAUAAAUAAAAAAAUUAAAAGGAAAUAUAUAAAAAAGAAUUGAUGACUAAUUUUAAUUUAAAAAAAUUUUAUAUACAAUUUAAAAAUUAUUGAUAAUUAAAAACAAAUUAUAUCCCAAGUGCCAAAAAGUGUUAAUAAAAAUUACUUAUAAAAAAAAUCAGGAAAAAAAUUCCGAAAUGAAUUUAUAUAUAAGUUUAGCAUUAAUUUUUGUGGCGUGUAUUACAACCUCUGAACAACAACAACAAGCUCAAUAUUGUAUUACACCCGAAAACUACAAUGGUUUUUGCGUUAAUUUAAGCUUUUGUCCACAAAUUGCCAGUGUUAUCCAGAACGGUAAUCAAACACAGGUCAAACAAUACCUUAUACAAUCACAAAAAGCAUGCAACACUGAAAGCGUAAAUAACGACCCAGUAGUCUGUUGUUCAAAACCCCUCAAUGUACCGCAAACAACAAUACGUCCUAAAAGACAAACUACUUGCCGUGGUCCUGACCUCAAAAUGGGUACCUGUAUACCCAUUAGAGAUUGCAAGCCUUUAAGAGAAGAAUUGCUAACAAAACAACAAGAUCCCACCUUUUUCAGAUUUUUAAAAGCUUCAAAUUUUAUAUGUGGUGGUAAAGCUACCGCAGUUUGCUGUCCCAGUAGCGACAGCCAACCACAAACUUUUAUUAAUGUUCCCUCAAUAAAGAAUUCAAAUGAAAUUCCUCGUCGUUUGCCCACCAUUGAGGAGGGUUGUGGUUUUAGCAAUAAUACCUUUAAGAAAAAACUGGGUGGUGAGGAGAGUAGAAAGGGUGCUUGGCCUUGGAUUGCUUUAAUAGGUUACGAUAAUGAAUUGUCAACCUCGCCGUUUAAGUGCGGCGGUAUCCUAAUAACAGCCAGACAUGUGGUAACAGCGGCUCAUUGUUUGCGAAGAGAUUUAUCCUUUGUGCGUUUGGGUGAACUUGAUUUAACCACUGAUACUGAAGGACAUCAUGUGGAUAUACGUGUUGUAAGAAGUGAAAGACAUCCCGAUUACAGUCCCACAAAUGGUCAUAGUGAUAUUGCUAUUUUAUAUUUGGAACGUAAUGUUGAAUUUUCGGGUAAGUUGAAAAUGUAUGUAAAUGACUUAAAUUCAUCGCAUUCAAAGAUACUAACAUAUUUGUAA